CCUGUUCCGGCGGACGUCGGUCUUUCUUUUUCUCCGCAGGGUCGUGGUGGCAGCCGCUGCGGUGCCAGGCUCCUUGAGCUAUCCGGUGCCAUCCUUGUCGCUGCGGCGACACUCGCAUCAGCUGCAGCCAUGACCGAGCAGAUGACCCUUCGUGGGACCCUUAAGGGCCAUAAUGGAUGGGUAACACAGAUCGCCACCACACCGCAGUUCCCGGACAUGAUCCUGUCGGCGUCUCGAGACAAGACCAUCAUCAUGUGGAAACUGACCAGGGAUGAGACCAACUAUGGCAUACCACAACGUGCUCUGCGAGGUCACUCUCACUUUGUUAGUGAUGUCGUUAUCUCCUCUGAUGGUCAGUUUGCCCUCUCAGGCUCCUGGGAUGGAACACUGCGCCUCUGGGAUCUCACAACGGGCACUACCACGAGACGAUUUGUGGGCCAUACCAAGGAUGUGCUGAGCGUGGCCUUCUCCUCUGACAACCGGCAGAUUGUCUCUGGGUCCCGAGACAAGACCAUAAAGUUAUGGAAUACUCUGGGUGUCUGCAAGUACACUGUCCAGGAUGAGAGUCAUUCAGAAUGGGUGUCUUGUGUCCGCUUCUCCCCGAACAGCAGCAACCCCAUCAUUGUCUCCUGUGGAUGGGACAAGCUGGUUAAGGUGUGGAAUCUGGCUAACUGCAAGCUAAAGACCAACCACAUUGGCCACACUGGCUAUCUGAACACAGUGACUGUCUCUCCAGAUGGAUCCCUCUGUGCUUCUGGAGGCAAGGAUGGCCAGGCUAUGCUGUGGGAUCUCAAUGAAGGCAAGCACCUUUACACAUUAGAUGGUGGGGACAUCAUCAAUGCCUUGUGCUUCAGCCCCAACCGCUACUGGCUCUGUGCUGCCACUGGCCCCAGUAUCAAGAUCUGGGACUUGGAGGGCAAGAUCAUUGUAGAUGAAUUGAAGCAAGAAGUUAUCAGCACCAGCAGCAAGGCAGAGCCACCCCAGUGUACCUCUUUGGCAUGGUCUGCAGAUGGCCAGACUCUGUUUGCUGGCUAUACAGACAACUUGGUGCGAGUAUGGCAGGUGACCAUUGGUACCCGCUAAAAGUUUAUGACAGUCUUAGAAAUAAACUGUGCUUUCUGAAACUGGCUUCUAUAUAUGAGUCCUGGGAGAUGAACCCUGUUCUACAAGAGCAGCUAAUGCUCUGAACCAUCUUUGAGAUAGACAGAACGGCUGAAUAAAGACAUCAGAUAUCA